AUGAUCGCUAGUGAGGGAAAGACCCAAGAUGGAUUCCCAAUCGCACAAGUAGUCUACUACCAGUCAGGCGUCGGGACCGGUGCAAUGAACAAAUUGGAUAAGAUAUACCAAGGAAUCACAGGUGUUGGCGUCAAAAACCACCUCCUCUCGGCCUACCACUUCAUCUGCACCAACUACACGCCCGGCGAUGAAAUCUUUUUGUUCGGGUACUCGCGUGGGGCAUACACGGCUCGAGCACUAGGUCGCUUCCUCACCACAUUAGGGGUACUGAAGCCGGAGGAUUUGGAGUUGUUUCCAGGGUUGUUUAGGUGUUGGCUUGCGAGCUCACGGGGAAGUGGUGGGGUUGAGUUCAGCAAUCAGAGCCGGUGGGAAGAGUUAAGAGGGUGGACUGACUGUGGGAAAGAGGAAGAGGAUGGAGAUAGGAAGAAAGGUGGCGGGAGGGGGGCUGAGAUGGGAAGGAUGAUGCCGAGGACGAGGGUCAAGACUAAGCCUACCCCGGUUAAGAUUUGCGUAGAGGGCGUUUGGGAGACAGUGGGCAGUUUGGGGCUGCCGGAGAGUUGGUUUACGAGGUGUACUGGGUUUAAUAAGAUGUACCAGUUCUAUAAUACGGCGUUAGACGACAAAGUCCAUCACGCUUUUCAAGCGCUGGCUUUGGAUGAACAUCGAGGUGCAUUUAAUCCAGCUAUCUGGUAUCUGGAACCAAAGUUCAAGGAUAAGGUCAAGUUGAAGCAAUGCUGGUUUCCCGGAUUCCAUGGUGAGGUAGGGGGAGGCGUUGCAGGCCCUUUGUCAAGAGACCAUCUUGCCAUCGAAGACAUUACAUUAGCUUGGAUGUGUGACCAGGUGGAUGGGUUGCUAACCUUCGACGAGGAGGCAUCGAGGAACAUACUUGGAGAAAUCAAAGAGUAUGUGAAAUGGGGUGUGGCCAGGGAGAACGACCCAACAGGAUUUCUGUACAACCUUAGCGUUGCUGGUGGUAGUCUGCUACUGCGGACGCCAGGCUCUUAUCAUAAAAGAUUGCGAUCCCACAAGUUCUCGAGGCCAGAGGAGUAUACCACCAAUGAAACAAUGCACCCAUCAAUCAAAUUACUCAUCGACCAGCCCGGAGCAGGCUAUUUUCCAGCGGCACUCGACUCUCGGACGGCUUUGAAGAUGGUGACGGUUCCGAGGUGGAAAUUUAUAGACAAAUCUGAAUCUGGUCAAGGGGCUGUUUGGACUCGGCCUUGCACUAAAUCUGGAAAGGCUGCGAUUGAAGUCAAGGAACAUGUUAUCAAAGAACGGCCUAACAAGAACAACUUCGAAGCAAGGCUUUUGCCAGUGGCCGUGCAGGACAUACUGUAUAGAAGAAACCUGGAGGAAUUCGAUAGGAUGUAUCAGAGUCAAAGUUCUUUUGAAUGCGAAGAAAGCAUUUGA